AUUCAGAGAAAGUAGUAAUUCAGCAGCAGAGCUGAGAGAACAGCGGAGGAGAAGCAAAGCUCACCACCACCAAUGGCGGCGAUCGCCGCGCCUCCGCCGCAGCCUCACCCACCCGCGUCCGCCCACCACCACCACCACCAUCGCCGCCGCGCCCGUCUCCCCCGCCUCGCCGCCGCCUCCUCCUCCUCCUCCUCUUCCCGCUUCCGCCGCCGCUUCUCCUCUUCCUCCUCAUCCUCAUCCCCUUCGUCCGCGCCCUCACCCUCCCCCUCCUCCUCCUCCUCCUCCUCCUCCUCCUCCUCCUAUGGGGGAAGCGGAGGGGGAGGCGGGGGAGAGAUCCACUACGCGUCGCCGCCGCCGCCGCCCCCGGCGGCGCCGACGGGGGCGCCCGUGUACGUGACGCUCCCGGCGGACGCCGUGGGGCCGGGGGGCGGGGUGGCGCGGCGGCGCGCCAUGGCGGCGUCGCUCGCGGCGCUGGCGGGGGCAGGGGUGGCCGGGGUGGCGGUCGAGCUGUGGUGGGGGGUCGUGGAGCGGCAGGGGCCCGGGGUGUACGACUGGGCGGGGUACCUCGAGCUCGCCGCCAUGGCGCGCCGCUACGGCCUCCGCGUGCGCGCCAUCCUCGCCUUCCACCAGUGCGGCGCCGGCCCGCACGACCCUCCAUGGAUCCCUCUACCUCAAUGGGUACUUGAGGAGAUGGAUAAGUUGCCAGACUUGUCAUAUAUGGAUAGAUACCAACGAAGAAAUAAAGAAUACAUCUCACUCGGGUGUGAUAUUCUUCCGAUUCUGAAGGGAAGAUCACCAAUGCAGGCUUAUUCAGACUUCAUGAGGAGCUUUCGAGAUGCUUUUAAAGAGUACCUUGGGGCUAUAGUGACAGAAGUUCAAAUUGGAAUGGGCCCAGGAGGUGAACUUAGGUAUCCAUCAUGCCCAACUGAGACACUAAGUCAAGCAGGCAUCUCAUCUGAACUCGGGGAGUUUCAAUGUUAUGACAAGUUCAUGCAAGCAUCCCUGAGUGCUCGUGCACAACUUAUUGGCAUGCAAGAUUGGGGAAACGGUGGUCCAGCCGGCACAGAUGGCUCACGACAGAACCCUGAAGAAACUAGUUUUUUCCGUGCUGAUGGUGGAUGCUGGAAUACUCCUUAUGGUCGGUUUUUCCUUGAGUGGUAUUCAGGAAUGCUGCUUCUUCAUGGAGAGAGAUUAUGUAUGGUUGCUGAUGCUGUCUUCUCUGGUUCCGGUGUGACCAUCGCCGGAAAGGUUUCUGGAAUACAUUGGCACUACUAUACAUGUUCGCACCCAUCGGAACUGACUGCUGGUUACUACAACACAUUGUUGAGGAACGGUUAUCUUCCUAUCACCCAAAUGUUUGCUAGAUACAAGGCUGCCUUGUGCUGCAGUUGCUUUGACCUGAGGGAUGAGGAGAGAAAUAACUCCAAGAGCAGCCCAGAAGGUACUCUCCGGCAACUUAUGGUCGCCGCCAAGAUGUGCAAUCUACCUCUGAACGGCGAAAACUCCGUGACAAGGCUCGACGAUACGUCGCUGAAUCAAGUCAUCAGAAGCUCAAGGCUCUACUCAGGUGGCACCUCAGGGACAUCUUUCUCCUUCAACUAUGUCAGAAUGAACAAGAGCCUGUUUGAGUUUCACAACUGGAACAGGUUCACCAAGUUCGUCAGGCAGAUGUCGGAUGCCAGGACAUUUCUAGCCAGGCUCGAGUUCAGGAGAGGGCAGCAUUACCUCUCCUCGAUGUCGGUUGUCUGGGUCGUCAGCCGGGCCUGUGCAUAGACAUGAAUCAGAAUUGGCAAAGUGACUGCUAGAAAUGUAGUGUUGUUCGUGUAUCUGUAACUUGGAUCAUGAAUGUGAUUCGACAGAAUUGGAAGAGAACUUUGUGCUCAGCCAUACCGUGAUGAUCUGGUUUCUACAUGUGUGCUUGUGAUCUGUUGUUAGCUUAACAGCUGUUCAAGGUCGAGCAGCUGGGCUGGGCUGGGCUGGAUGUAAAAUCCACCCACAAGGCCACAAGGCCACAGGUCGGAUGGCCCAGCCAUAACCCGAGAUGCGAAGCCCAACAGGAAAAGGAUAAGGGUGUGGCAUGUGGCCCAUCCAAAUUGGGUUGGGAGAGGGUUCCGGCCUACGUGCGGCCCGUAUAGGUUGGGCUGGAACUGUAGAGCGGGCCCUGGAAGUGAUGAGACUAACAGCUGCCAUUUGUUCCAAUGUGAAAUUCCCUGAUGCAAUCAUGCAACAAUGGAACUGCCGCUCCUAAAUCUAAAUGAACUGAGAUGUUUGCAUUU